AUGUCUUGGUCUCCGGCAAGAUUGUCAGCCACAGCCACCGACAACGGGGGUAGUAUUCACGGGCAAAAUUCUUGUUUCCUGCCGCUGCGGCAGCUGGAUCAGGACUAUUACGCGCCUCGGAUCGUUCAGAUUGCGGGUGCAUAUCCUGGUUUGACGAAGGAAGAAUUUUACGGAGUACAGUCUGAAGAAGCCGCCGAGGUUGGACAAUGGUCGUACGAUUUCAGUGACCCGGAAGGUCCUCAGGUGGGAACUGUGGCAAUGGAUGGUAGUGAAUUGGUGUCGUUCUGUCCAGAUCCCGUUGCUAUUAUUGCGGAGCAUUCAUCGGUUGGUGUCGACCUCCCGAAAGAAAUCACCGAACCGGUAGAUUUGAUUGUUCUCGUAGAUCGAUCACGCAAGGGCUUUUCUGAACGGACGUUCUUGGUUGUGGAUACCCCGGAAGAGGGGGUAUUGAUUCGAGCAUACGGCGCUAAGGUAGAAAUACCAGACGGCAGCGAGAUUUUGGGGCAAGUGCUGCUAGUACAAAUUCCAUGGUUACCUAGCAUGGCACCGACAAAGACGGGCUUUAUGGAAGCAGACGAAUAUUUUGGCGCAUAGUAAACCCGUGAUUACGCUAAGAAAGCGAAUUUGAUACA